CUAUGGUUUCACAAAACAAUAUGGCCGCUCCCGGCUGGGAAUCCAGUCUCCGAGUCUGGGCGCCCGCAGCGGCUGAAUAAGAAGCGCCUGAAGGGUCGCGAGGUUAAGGCUGGCCACUGGACAGCGGGAACAGCCUGGCUUUGCCGAGGCGCCAAUGGCAGGCAGUGUGGACGAGGAAGCACUACACCAGCUGUACCUGUGGGUAGACAACAUCCCUCUGUCCCGGCCCAAGCGAAACCUUUCCCGGGACUUCAGUGACGGAGUCCUGGUUGCGGAGGUCGUCAAGUUCUACUUUCCGAAGAUGGUAGAGAUGCACAAUUAUGUCCCUGCCAACUCUCUCCAGCAGAAGCUCAGCAACUGGAGUCACCUGAAUAGGAAAGUGCUGAAUAAACUGAACUUCUCGGUACCAGAAGACGUGAUGCGCAAAAUCGCGCAAUGCGCCCCGGGCGUGGUGGAGCUGGUGCUCAUCCCGCUAAGGCAGCGCUUGGAGGAGCGGCAGAGCUUGGGGGAGCGGCAGAGGUGCAGGAAGACUGGCUUGAGCUCCUCACAGGAGCUGGCUUCCCAGGAUGGCAGCGGCUACAUGGAUGUGGGUUUGUCCCAGAAGGUCCGAGGAGAAGGUGCCCCAGAACCACAGGGAGGAAGACUGCUCAGGGGGAGCAGGCUGCCUGUGCCCAGGCCUCCGGGAUACAGCCAGGCGCUGCAGGGCGACCCAAGCUUCAUCCUUCAGAUCGCUGAAAAGGAGCAGGAGCUGUUGGCCUCGCAGGAGACAGUGCAGGUCCUGCAGAUGAAGGUGAGGCGCCUGGAGCACCUACUCCAGCUCAAGAACGUGCGCAUCGACGACCUCUCCCGGAGGCUCCAGCAGGCGCAGCGGAAGCAGCGGUGA